GACGCCUGAUUGGUCCGAAAUUUCAUCUGUCAAGCUGGUAGAGAAUUUCAUGCUUUUCACCUUCUUGAACCGACUUAUACCUGUCUUGAACAUUCAACAUUGAGCAUCAGUCUGCCCGGAGACCAGCUAAUUCUGCUGUUUCAAUAUUCAAGGACGCCCUGUCUCGGGAUUUCCAUCUACAACUUUUCACAGCCUCAAGCCCGCUCACAACAUGCCAGCCGCUGCCUCUGGCGAGCGCUCCAAGCGCAAGCGGCCUUCAAAUACUGAAAAGUCCACCAAGCGUCGGAGGUCCUCCGCCAGCAGCGAUGAGUCCGAGGACCCCAACGCCAAGAUCCUCUCGAUGGAGCAGGGGAUCUUGGAGUCCAAGAAGAACUACAACGACAUUACCGUGUUGCUAAGCACCAUGGAUGAGUUCCGCAGCGGCAACCCAGAGGGCAUGUUGGCGGCCGUGGCGCUCUGCCGUAUUUUCGUGCGAUUGCUGGCCCAGGGUGCUCUCAUCUCCAAGAAAACCCUUUCUGAGAAGGACUUGGUGGUGGUUGGCUGGCUCAAGGAACAGUUUGGCGAGUACAAAGCCAGGCUCCUCAGCAUUCUCAAGGAUGAAGAUCUGGCUCUCACCGGCUUGACGCUAUGCAUGAGGACUCUCAAGGCCGAGGGAGAGUUUCUGUACGACAAGGAGGAGUACACCUUUCCCAGGGCCUUUAUUCGGGACAUUGUGUCAACCGUGUUCCUUACUGACAACGAGGACCUUGUGGCUGCCUACGUGGAGGAGUAUGCGGAGCAGUUCGAUGACAUCCGAUAUUAUACCUUUAACUCCAUCAAGUAUGCCGUGGAAAAUCUGUCCGCCAACAAGAUUCCAAACGGUUUGUUUGAUCGGGUCUUCUCUCUGCUAUCUGCUCUUGAUGGUGUGCCCGAGUCUGCUGAGGAGCUUCAAGACUUCUACAUUCCACGUCCCAAGAAGAAGACACAUUCCCUUCGCAACGUCAAUCAGCACAAGAAGCAGGGCCAGGACGCCUGGCUCGCCUUGAUGACCCUUGUCGAUGGCAAGGAGGAGCGAAAGCAACUUCUCGACAUCAUCUCCACAGUCAUUGCGCCGUGGUUUAUCAAGCCCGAGCUGUUGUCCGAUUUCCUGACCAACUCAUACAAUGCUGGUGGCUCCAUGUCCUUGCUGGCCCUCUCCGGUGUCUUCUACCUGAUCCAGGAGCGCAACCUGGACUAUCCAUCUUUCUACUCCAAGCUCUACUCAUUGCUUGAUCGCGACAUCCUUCACUCCAAGCACCGAUCCCGUUUCUUCCGCCUCUUGGACUCGUUCCUAGGAUCGACCCAUCUUCCCGCCGCGCUCGUGGCGAGCUUCAUCAAGCGCCUUGCUCGGCUAGCGUUGAAUGCGCCCCCCAGCGCCAUCGUCUUUGUGACGCCUUGGAUCUACAACCUCCUCAAGCGCCACCCGUCAUGCACCUUCAUGAUCCACCGAGAAAACCGGGACCCCGAAAUCAAGAAGCACAUCAGCGAGCAUGGUGCCGAGGAUCCGUUCUUGCCAGACGAGACGGAUCCUAUGGAGACCCAGGCUAUGGAGAGUUGUCUGUGGGAGCUUGUGCAGCUUCAGUCUCACUAUCACCCCAACGUUGCCACUAUUUCGAAGAUUAUUUCCGAGCAGUUCACAAAGCAAUCCUACAACAUCGAAGAUUUCCUUGAUCACUCAUACGCCACUCUCCUCGAGGCAGAAAUAUCGAAGGAUGUUAAGAAGGCUCCUGUGGUUGAGUUCCAUAUUCCAAAGAAGGUGUUUAUGCCACAUGACGACGCCGAGCAGCCUGAUCAGGACAGUCUCCUAGUCAAGCUGUGGGAUUUUGGGGGAGCCGUUCAAGAAACCCAGGUAGCCUAGAGCUUCUGUGGGGGGUAGUGGUAAAGGAGAAUGAAUCAUAGAAGGGAGACCAUGAUAUAUACCCAGGCAUGUGCGAGAAUGAAAGGAAGCUACCGGCAUGUGCUAGAGGACGAUUACACAAGUACUCGCACAGACCGAUCGGCGAAAAUAGAUCUGAGCAAAAGGCGUUUAUCUUUCAUCCCUAAAGGCAUCAAUUUUAUCAUCCUCGACAAGAAACCGGGACACA